AUGGCUUCAGAUUUUGCGGAGAAACGUCCUGCUACUGUCGAUUCGCAAUCAUCAUAUAUGUCACCUAUAAAAGGUGCGACGACGAGAACCGUCUCAGAAGUCUUCAAUUCGCCCACUCCCACAAUAGCCAGGUCUCGAAUACCCAGUCCAGAGGCAUCACAACGCACAUUACAGUAUGACCCAAAUGCCUCUAUUGUGCUUAUUGGUAUGCGUGGAAGCGGCUUGUCGACACUAGCUGUUCUGGCGUCCAGUUCCUUGGGUUUCCGAGUUCUUGACGCAGACCAAUAUUUUUACAAAACGACCGGUCUCUCAAGGGCAGCUUAUAAGGCAGCUCACGGUAUCUCGCAAUAUCGCCAAGAGGAGCUACAAUUGAUGAGAUCAAUGCUCUUUGACAACCCGACUGGAGCGAUCAUUGUAUGUGGGCCUGGUGCUGUCGAGGGCAAGGGAAAGGAGUGGCUUGCAGAAUAUUCAAAGGAACACCUCAUCAUCUACAUCUUGCGUGAUGCAAAGGAGAUCCAGCAACAUCUUCGCGCAUUCGAUGUAGAGACUAUAAAGAAUCUCAUUCGUCGCGCAGCGCCAGCUUACAGGAGGUUGUCAAGCUUCGAGUAUUACAAUAUCUCCGAUACAUUGAUACGAAAUCCCAGUUCCACACCUUCACGUGGGGACAUGUCUCCAUCCGCACUCGCGCUCAAGAAUGUCGAAGAGGAUUUCGUCCACUUGAUACACAGUAUAGUCAGGGAAGACGAUUCAUGCGAUAGGUACAAGGCGCGUCACAGCCUUUCUUCAUUACCUAUCGUCUCGCGGAGGUUUACUUAUGUCCUGUCUAUACCAAUGACAACGCUUUCUAGUCACGUAUCCGAGUUCAAAGGAGUGGAUAUUGAAGCCGACGCGAUUGAGGUUACAAUACCAAUAUCGGCGCUCUGCAAGGACGGAAAUACCUUUGAAGAAACAACAGAAGAUUGGAUCAGUCGCCAAAUAUCUGUCGUUAGGAGGAAUAUCGGUCUUCCAAUACUGUAUCAAGUCGAAAAUGAUUAUACAGGCAGACCCGAUAUUGACGAGGAUCAGUAUUUUGCUCUUUUAGAACAUGGUCUUAGACUGGGGCCUGAAUAUCUCUGCGUGGAUCUGGAAUGCAACACAGAUAGGACCAAGACCCUCGUUGCCUCCAAAGGUCAAACAAAGAUUAUAGGACACUACUCUGUCUGCGAUCUGGCAGAGGAUGGGUGGGACUCUACGAAGCAAUGGGCUAUGGUACAACGCGCCCAAGACCUUGGCUGCGACAUCCUUCGCAUCUGCCAAAGAGCAACAUCCUUGGCGGAUAACUUCGCUUCACAACACUUUAUCCAUCGCGUCAAGGCCUCCGAGAACUACUCGAUACCCGUGAUAGCUUACAAUACGGGCCAUCUGGGUCGUAUGUCGUGUUGUUUCAACCCCAUCCUUAGCCCAGUCACUCAUCCAGUCAUUCGCAAGUUGGCACCUGAAUGCUCUUCAAGCUCUCUCUUGACGGUCAGAGAAGCCCAGACAGCAGCAUUCUCGUCCUUCUUGCUUGAUGGCCAAUUCUUUGGAAUCUACGGAAAUAACACAGCGCAGAGUUUGUCACCAGCUAUGCACGAGGCCGCUUUCAAACUGUUGGGCAUGCCGCACCAAUAUAACAUAUAUGUCAAAGAGUCAAUUGAUGAGCUUUUUGAGUUGGUUCAGAACGACAAAUUUGGAGGCGCCAGUAUAACAGCUCCUUUCAAGACGGCCGUUAUCUCCAAGUUGGACUUUAUGAGCGAGGAGGCCAAUGCUAUUGGAGCUGUUAACACAUUGCUGUGUCUCAAGUCGCCUACUUUGGACUCUUUACUCGAUAGGAACACGGCGGGGCCAACUGUGGCUCUUUUUGGCGACAACACAGAUUGGAUUGGCAUCCAUUCCUGUGUUCAGCGCAAUCUCUCCCCCAUCAAUGCUGUCAGGCGACGGACAACAGGGCUUAUAGUGGGCGCUGGCGGCAUGGCUCGUGCAGCUGCUUAUGCUUUUAUUCGCCUGGGAAUCAAGACUAUAGUGAUUUAUAACCGUACCCGGUCAAGAGCAGAAGAACUUGUCAAGCACUUCAAGGAUCAAAGCAAGGUCACUAAUCAGAGAGCUGAGCCUUGUUUGCCGGUUUCUCAAAGGAGCAGUCAGAGUCCCGAUCGUAUGGCAGAUCCAGUGUUCAGAAUACUGGAUUCGAAACAGGAUGCAUGGCCCGAAGAUCUGAGCUUACCCACCGUCAUCGUUUCCUGUAUCCCUACUAAGGAUGUGAACGGGGAGUCUUCUGUGAACACUAGUCUUCCAGACAACUGGCUGUCAAGCCCGACCGGGGGUGUAGUGAUUGAGGUAAGCACCAAUACUGCGUCCCUUUAA